UUCAUGCAGGUCCCUAUGUCUCAAGGGCUACAUAUAGAGUGACUGUCCCCUGCUCUCAGCCGUCUCUGUGCUGAUUGGUUCAGCUAUGAGGAGCUUACUCUUGGUCUUUGUGGUCCUUGUCUUGCUCUUCUAUGUUCCACCAGUUAGAAGUGGACAGAACAUUUACAUCAGAAGAUUAUUAAAUACAUGCUGGCGAAUGAAAGGUGUUUGCAGGACCGUAUGUAAAAAAAAUGAAAUAUUUCAUAUUUUCUGUGGUCUUCAUCAGCUGUGCUGCAUUGACGCAUCGAGUAUGCCUGUACUGACUGGGAAAUAGUUGUAUCUGAGGCUUCUUCUGCCUUCCUCUGGGCACCUUCUCAAGAUGUACCAUCCCAUUAAAACAAUGGCUUUAACCUA